AUCAGCAAAACAACAGUAAUACAUUGAGGACAUAACCCUGUGUGUGUAAUAAAACGUUAUGAUCAAUUAUGUCAAAUGAAGCUCUAAGAUCUAAAACAGCAAAUAUAGACAAAUCCAUUGUCUGAAGCCAUGAGCAGAUCACGGGUUACCUUUAACAGAGCUGUUUCAAUGGGAAAGAAGAAGUGCUUUUAUUUUGAAAGUAAUGUGGAAACAGUGGCUAUAUAUUGACAGCAUACAGACAAACCUGCUCAGUCUUGCCCAACAAUGGAGGCGAUAACUGCUGUUCUUGGCUUUGAAUGGGUGGACACCAGGACUGUUUUAAUAUUUCUGUUUGUCUUUCUGCUGCUGAGUGAUUAUGUGGCAAACAGACGACCAAAAAACUUUCCUCCUGGCCCCCAUUCUCUUCCUUUCAUUGGAGAUCUUCACCGAAUCCAACCAGCGAGAGUUCACUUGCAGUUCAUAGAGUUUGCAGAAAAAUAUGGAAAUGUCUUCAGCCUUUAUUUCUUUCGAGAAAGGACGGUGAUCCUCAAUGGAUACAAGAAAGUUAGAGAGGCCCUGGUCCAACAGGGGGAUGAUUUUGUGGAUCGUCCCACAAUUCCACUGUUUGUAGAUAUAAUUGACAAUAAAGGUAUUGUAAUGUCCAAUGGGAAUUCGUGGAAGCAGCAGAGACGGUUUGCUCUUCAUACGCUCAGAAACUUUGGUCUGGGCAAGAAGACGAUGGAGACAUACAUCCAGAGUGAAUGCCAGUAUAUCUCAGACACUUUUGCAGACAAGCAAGGCAAACCCUUUGAUCCUCAGGCUGUGAUCAACAACGCAGUGUCCAACAUCAUCUGUUGUUUGGUGUUUGGGGAACGGUUUGAGUACUCUGAUCAGGAGUACCAGAAGAUUCUUCGGAACAUCAACAACCUUCUAAUUUUAGAAGGAAGUGUUUGGGCAUUGGUAUACAACACAUUUCCCUGGCUGAUGAAGAGGCUUCCUGGACCUCAUCAGAAAAUAUUUCCGCUGAUAAAGAAGAUUAUGGACUUUGUGAAAAUCAAGAUUAACGAACACAAAGAGAACCUUGACCCCUCUUCUCCAAAAGACUACAUCGACUCUUUUCUCAUUGAGAUGGAGAAGAAUCAAGACAAAGAUUCUGGAUUUGAUAUCGACAAUUUGUGCAUUUGCACCCUGGACCUUUUCUUGGCUGGAACUGAAACUACCACCACUACACUAUACUGGGGUCUGCUAUACAUGAUCUAUUACCCUGACAUACAAGAGAAGGUCCAGGCUGAGAUCGAUGCUGUGAUUGGUUCAUCCAGACAGCCGUCUAUGGCUGAUAAAGAAAACAUGCCCUACACUGAAGCAGUCAUCCAUGAGAUCCAGAGAAUGGGGGACAUUGUCCCCCAAGGUGUGGUCCGUCAGGCAAACAGGGACACCACCCUCGACAAAUACACAAUCCCAAAGGGAACCAUAAUAAUGCCUGCGCUUCACUCCGUCCUCCACGAUGAGUCCAUGUGGGACAAUCCACACUCCUUUGACCCCAAAAACUUUCUGGACAAGGAUGGAAAGUUUUGUAAAAGAGAGGCCUUCAAUCCUUUUGGAGCAGGUAAACGUGUGUGUCUCGGGGAGCAGCUGGCUAGGAUGGAGUUGUUUCUGUUUUUCACCUCCCUCUUUCAGAGGUUUUCAUUCUCAGCACCUGCAGGAGAACAGCUCAGUCUGGAGAGUAGGAUGGGAGGUACUCGCUGUCCCAAACCUUUCCGCCUCAUUGCUGCACCGCGUUGAACCUUCAAGCAUCCCAAAGUCAGUUGAUGUCUCCUUAACUCACUAUUUAUACUGAACUCCUGUUGGAUCAAAAUAAAAAAAUGCUUUUUUUCCUGGAAACUUCUUUCAUCACUAAAGCUAAGAGCAGGUCUGCAGUAUAAUCAAUAACAUGGUUUUCAUUAGUUAAAGAAUCUAAAAUUAGAUGUUUUAUUUUUGUUCAAAGAAUGAUUGUGUUUCUAAGUUUGUGGCUCAGAAACUUUUACAGCAAAAACCGCUGGUUGCUUGGUCAAAUCACUUGUAACUGUUAUAUAGUGAUUGUUUUCAUGUAACAUCUGUGACAAAUGAAAAUUACAGAUGGAAUCAAAAUACAUGUAAAAUAUGUUUUAAUGUAAACAUGCAUUUAUUUAUUGUUGAAUUCCCACAAUAAAAAAGCACAGCCAUUUGAACUUGUGUUGAUGUAGUUUCUCUGCAUACAUUGACUCUCCAGUCUUUUUUGUGAUAAAAUAUUAUUCUAUUUUUCAGCAUUGAUUGUAACUUUUAUUUAUUUUUUUAUUUUUUGGUGGGAUUUAAACUCAUUUCAUUUUAUCAUCUUACGUCUGAGUUGUUUUUUACUACAUAACAACACACUUUUACACACAAUCAAAAUACCUCCCUAAAUGUUUCAUAACAUUUUCUGUAUAUUAUUUUUCUUUUAUUUAUGUUUACUUGAAUAUUACUUUAGUCUCAGACAAAGUUACACAACACACCAAGACAUAAAACCUCUUGUGAUGGUUCUUCCCUUCUUAACAUUGAAGUUACUAAAUCCCCCAAA